AUGUCGUACUUCAUUCCAAUCACCAUACCCCUGCAAGAGUUCAAUGGCCACAAAGAUAGCAUAACUGCAGUCGCAGUUUUCCCCGAUAAACGACGGAUGGUUACGGGCUCGGAGGACAACACGCUUCGUCUGUGGGACUUGGAGACAGGUGUUGUGUUGAAGAAGAUAAAAGGGCAUCGUGAUGUCGUGCGGGCAUUGGCUGUAUCACGAGAUGGACAAUUGAUAGCAAGCGGUGAUGAAAGCGGAAACGUCAUUGUCUGGCACGGAGAAACUGGCGAACCACUCAUCAUAAUCGAAGCACACUCCGAAGAUAUCAUCUCGCUGGAUUUUUCUGCUCAUGGAACAGUGCUUGCCACUGGUUCAUAUGAAAAAAUGACGAAACUGUGGAAUACCGAAACCUGGGAGCAGCAAGGAGAUCCAAUCGAGUGCAAUGCAUAUGUCAAAUGCGUGCGGUAUUCACCAUCUGGAGAACUUCUUGCCAUUGCAACAAACGACAACAUCCAAAUUUACAAUUCAGGCACUAGGGAACGCGUCGCAAAGUUCAAGGGUCACAAGUCAUGGAACUUGUCACUGGCGUGGACGCCCGAUGGUACAGGCCUUCUCACAGGCGGCUGUGUGGACGAUCCUACCAUACGUGAAUGGAAUACCACAACAUGGAAGCAGGUCGGGAAUCCUUGGACGGGCCACGCUGACCAGAUCAAUGCCAUUGCCAUUCAUCCUGCUGGCACACUCGUCGCAUCUGCAUCUAGUAAUAACACAUAUACUCGUCUCUGGCAGCUCUCAGAUCGACGAAUCAUUGCCGUCUUCCUGCAUUCAUCCUUGAUAGAAUGCGUUACUUUCUCCGUGGACGGCAACCACAUCCUCAGCGGAGGCGGCGAUAAGAAGAUCUCGGAGUGGGCAACUAUCGCCAUCACAACAGCCCGCGAUGCAUACAUAGAUGGAGACUUAUGUACUGACGAAAAACUACUCACACAAGAUAUUACCACCGAUGCGAACAACCAUACUCCCUACAUCUUGGCCAUCACGACUGCCCGUAUUGCAUGUGUAAAUGGAGACUUAUCUACCGCCGAAGAACUACUCACCCAAGAUAUCAACACCAAUCCGAACAACCAUACUUCCUAUGCUCAUCGCUCAUUUGUUAUGGCGCGAAAAAACGACUGGGACCGUGCUCUUCAGGAUGCAACGGAUUCCAUCAACAUCGAGCCCACGUUGACAGGCUAUAUCUCCAAGGGUAUUGCCCUCUGCGGAACAGGCCGCAUCCCAGAUGCGAGGGCAACAUUUGUCGUUGCAUCCAUGUACACGGAUGAAGACUCAGAAAUCCUCCAUUUUCUGCUUUUGAUCAAAGCCAUCGCGUUCUUCAAUGCAGAUCAACAUGACGAAGCAAACCUGCUCCUCAAAGAACGCACUACCGGUUGUCCACAUGCCGACACUCUCGCAUGUCGUGUCGUGCAAGCACAUCUACACGUUCAACUCGGAAUCAAAGCCUUGGGCGGCGCAUGUCAUGAAGAAGCCGCCGACCAUUUCACUGCCGCUCUCGAUUGUCGUGAUUCAUCAUCGAAAUCGAACAUUCAUGAAAUAUACGAGGAUUUGGUGGUGCUUUUCGGCUGGGAUCUCAAAUCGUUGUGGUUGACUGCACACCAGAAACGUUGCGAUGCACUCCUUCUGGCAGGUAAACUUCAAGAUGCCGUGAGAUCAUACCGAUACAUGAUGGACAGUGUCGACGAAACAACGAGGGCCAUCUGCCUUGAAUGGUCCAACGCUUUUACGAAGAAAUGCAGCGCACCCUUUCUUAUCGGCGGGGAUGCUGCCCUCGCUGCAAGCGAUUUUGACAGGGCGAUUGACUUGUACUCGGCGGUGAUCGACCUGGACUCUGGAUCCCAUGUCGUCUUCGCCAAUCGCAGCAGGGUGAAGUUGGGGAAAAGGCUGUGGGAGGAGGCGCUUCUCGACGCGCAAAAGGCUGCCGAACUCAAUCCUUCGUCUCACGUUGGAUAUGAGUUGACGCAUACAGCCCUGCGUGGCGCGCAACGUUACGACGAAGCCAUCGAGGCCUUCAAAAUCAUGUUGUCUAAGUUGGAUGAUUCUCCCGAAGCUCAGACACGAGAUCUGCGUCAGCAGUAUGUUUGUCCAUCUGAAGCAGAAAACGCCAUUCAAAGAGCAGUCUGGAUUGUACUCGAAUAUGCCCCGCUGCGUCUACUUAAUACCUUCACGGGUCUUUUGUGCGAUCGAGCAGCCCAAAUAUACGCGUUCAAAACGAGUGCAGAGUAUAAGGAGCUUUUGGCAUUCACAACGAAGCACUCAGACCUUGAAAUGGACCGCAUCAAGGAAGUGGCAGCAGCAUACUUCCGCUGCGUCUUGCUAUCACACAGGUGGGAAGAGACGGAGGUGCUGCUGCACGACAUUCAGGAUAAAGAUGUGCGCGAGUUGAAUGGACUUGGCGGGAUCGCGAAACUUCAGUCGUUUUGCGUGGUCGCUCGCAAUUCUGGGUAUCGCUGGGCGUGGAUGGACACAUGCUGCAUCGACAAGAGGAGCAACACCGAGCUUCAAGAAUCUGUCAACUCCAUGUUCGUCUGGUAUCGUCAUUCAGCGCUUACCAUCGUCUACCUCUGCGAUGUCCCUCCUUCAUCUCAAGCUGGUGCACUGGCGAGGAGUGUUUGGAACCAGCGAGGAUGGACUUUUCAAGAGUUCGUCGCUCCAAAAGUUGUAUUAUUCUAUCAGAAUGAUUGGUCAUUAUAUCUUGAUGAUCGCUCUCCCAACCACAAGGAGUCCCCUGCAAUCAUGAAGGAGUUGGAGAAUGCGACAGGAAUAGAUGCACCGGCCCUGAUUUCUUUUCGUCCAGGGAUGAGCAACGCCCGACAGAGACUUCAAUGGGCAUCAUCUCGCGUCACCACAUUGCAAGAGGACGUCGCGUACUCAUUGUUUGGUAUCUUCGGUGUCCACCUACCUGUCAUCUACGGGGAGAAGAAGCAGAACGCGCUCGGGCGGCUCCUGCAGGAGAUCGUGGCUCGGUCGGGAGACAUCACGGUCCUCGGCUGGGUCGGACAACCUUCCGAGUUCAACAGCUGUCUUCCAGCCUAUAUCACUUCUUACGCCCCUCCUCCGCGCGCCCUUCCAUCUUUGUCCGAAGAUCAGAUUCAGACAACUAUCUCUUCCCUGCGAGAAAAUCCCAUGGUUGUGGAUUUGGCUCCAGAACUUUACAACCGGCUUGAUAACACGAGCGCUGCUCGUUUCGCGAACUGCAGACUACAUCUGCCUUGCAUGGUAUUCCGUAUCACACAAGUCAGUCUGAGCUAUAGUACAUCCCAGGAGACUCGAUAUGAAGUCAAGGCAGAUGGGCUUGACGACCUGCUGAUCAGCACCAAAAAGCCGAUCGUCCAGUUCUUGCGGACAAGGCCCACUCAGCAGACCUUCAUGCUCGUCCGUCCCUGGGAUCGGUCUCUCCUGGAGUCACCAGACUUUGCAGAUCUUCAAGACGAUACAGAGAGCGAAAGGGAUGAUUGGACGCCGCCCUCGUCUCCGUCUGACGACUCACCUAGCCGUUCUGUUGUAAAUCAGGAGGUGGAUGACCUAGAAUCGCGGGCAUUGCGGUUGGUUGUUCGCCUUGGGCAGCCUUUUGGGGCAUUUUUACUAGCGCGGUUGCGUGGCGGAGAAUACAAGAGGGUCGCGUCGGAUCGUGAUAUCAUUGCGCAGGUCAAAGAUGUGGCUUCUGUCCGAGACCUGAUGGACGUCAAGACGAUUGAAAUACUGUAGAUGCAUUCUAGAUUAGGGAUUGGAGUGGUUUUCAUUGGUACUUUCGUAGACUCCGGACAAUUUUUUAUUCUUGGGAACUAUACAGUCGGUUACAAGUAGGUUAUAUUUUCUCCUGAUAACAGUGUCCUUGCAAUUUCCUCAAAUAUGUUUUGAUUGUAAAAUUUAUGGUAUUUUUAUUUACA